GUACGCUAUGGACGCUAGCAUGGUCUACUGGAAAUGGGGAAUAGCCGCCACGGUAGUGACAGUAAUUCUUGCUUUCUUUAGUGGUUUGCCUUUCCGCAAAUCGUCCUAUGAGGUCUGGCUGCUAGUCCACAUCCUCCUCUCCAUCGUCUUGAUCCUGGGCUGCUGGUACCAUGCCUACACGCUCUACCAAUUUCUUGGGGGUGUCUUCUACUUCCUCUGUGCCGCAUCUGCUGUGUGGUUCUUGGACCGAGUGGGUCGAAUUGCGCGUUUGGUUGGGAUGGGCCCUCGCCGUGCCAAAGUUACCGGGCUGGGGGGGGACUAUGUGCGCAUUGAUAUCCCUGCCGUCCGCUGGGGCGCCGAUCCUGGGAAACACGUCUACAUAUAUUUCCCCACACUUCGCCCCAUGCGAUUUUGGGAAAAUCAUCCAUUCUCGGUGCUUCCGACGCAUCUGCUGGGUCAGAAGUACCUUGUAGGACCAACUAAUAGCACGGGAAUCUCUCAGCACGACCGUGAAGAGAAACAGGAUCGAUCUAGAAGUGUAGGGCCAGCUCGGCAACCCCCUGAUGGAGGCAUGCAACAACACCCCGGGGCCGGUCUGACACUUUAUGUGCGAAAGGCUGGCGGCAUGACGAAUCAUCUCGAGGCAAACAGCAGUCUCCUCACCUUUGUCGAAGGCCCGUACAUGAACAAUUCGAGCACCGCAAUCCUCCGAUGCGACAGGGUAUUGUUGGUCUGCGGCGGCAUAGGCAUCACAGGUCUCCUCCCAUUCGCGCACGCUCACUGGAACGUGAAACUUGCAUGGGGGUUGAAAGAAUCCGCAAAGUGUCUUUAUGAUGACAUGGAACCUUCGCUCCAUAGCCUCACCGACAAGGACAUUCGAAUUGGACAUAGGCUUGACAUUGAUAAACUUAUCGCCGACGAAGCUGGUUCGGGGUGGGAGAGAGUAGGUGUUGUGGUCUGCGGGCCUGCCGCCAUGUGUGAUGAAGUUCGUGCGACCGUUAUUCGCGCUGCUAAGAGCUCCAACACCGAGUUUGAGCUUGAGAUUGAGGCUUAUAGCUGGUGACUUUUUUUUACACUCUCGUUUUCUUUCACAGGUGUUUGUUUUGCGGCAGUUUAUUGCCAGUCUAACUCUUCUUCCGGU